ACCCCAAGGGAUUGCUGAAAAAGUAAAGAAAGUACACCUUUGUGCUCGAGCGGUGACCAGACCAGACCACCUUUUGAUUUUUUAACUUCUUCCUCCGUCCCCCUUUCCCCUUGGAUUUAUCCACAAAACUCCCAUUUUCUCUUUUCUGCAAUUUCAUGGGAUUCCUCUCAGUUCAUCCAUAAUUUUUCAAAUCAGAAUCUUUUUCACUUAAAGUCACAAUCUAUCUCUUUCUUCUUGUUGCAUACCCAACUGGGUCUACAAUAAUUUCUGCAAAAGAGCCAACAAUCUGUGUAAAUUUGAGGAAAAAUGUCUGAAAGUCCAGCUAAAGUUCGGUUAGUUCGUUGCCCCAAGUGUGAGAAUCUGCUCCCUGAGGUUACUGAUUAUGCUGUUUAUCAAUGUGGUGGAUGUGGUGCUGUUCUUCGUGGUUGAAGUUUCUUCACCCAUAUUUAUUCGAAAUUUCGAUUUGCAGCAGGGAAUAAACGUAUGGAUUCCGGUGUAUCUUCAGAGAAAUCGGGUGAUGAAACCGACGCGAUUUCAAACAAAAGCGUUAGGAACACGAGUUUCGGGUCUGAAAACGGGGUCAAUUCUAACGCGAGUUCCAGCAGGAGACCCGAGAAAGACGAUAAUAUCACCGACGUUGAAGAACCGAGGUCACGAAGAUCGGUUUGGGCCUCGAAUUGGCGAUACCACGAGACCGAUAUGACUCAAGAAGGUUCAUCAAGUUACCAUCGCGCCCCUCGUCAUGAAUAUGCCGAGCUAGUUGAAAACAUUAACGAUCUAGAGAUCGAUGACGAUCGGGCCGAGCUCUUAAGGAAGUUAGACGAACUCAAAUACGAAAUCGUACGAUCGCGUAACAAGCCUCAUAAUAUUCCUCCUCAUAUGCAUCAUAAAAGCCAUCCUUUAAUGACUAACUUGAAUCAAGUUCAAGUAUUUAGCGACCCGUUUGGGUCACACAAUCACCGAAGAAAUCCGAUUGUACCUUUUGAACAAAACCCGUAUCAUCCUUAUUAUUCCGGGCAGUAUGCCAGCAACGAUAUGGCGGAUAACCGACUGUUUCACCACCCAUCGUGUUCUUGUUUAGCUUGUUACAGUAAGCACCAGCAAGCUCCACCGCCACCUAUUGCACCUCCGGUUUUGCAAAACGAUCCAGUUCUCUACCACCAUGAUUACAACCGCCGGUUCUCCAAUCUUUCUACGAAUUCACAUAGUUCCGCACCCCACACAAGAUGGUCUACAGAAAUCCGCCGUCCUCCAAGGGGAAUCAUAGCCACCGGAGUGAGGCGUUGCGGUACCGUGGCUGGCGGUUCUCCGUUUGUUGCGUGUUGUAAAUGUUACGAAUUGCUUCAAGUACCCAAAAAGAAAACAAAGAAAAUGAGAUGUGCAGCUUGUUCUGAAGUGAUGUUACUUUCCGUUGUCAACAAACGACUCGUUCUCUCCGUUUAUACGGAACCCGAUAAAGAUCCCGAUAAAUUAAAAUACGAUCACAAGACUCGUGCAGAUUCAAAAUGGGGCGGAACUGAAUUUUCCUCGGAGGAUUAUGACAACUCGGGAAAUUUUGACUUUGAGUCAAUGGAUAAGUUGCCAAUCGGAGGCCCGAAUUUGACCUCGUACAAAUCUGGUAUCUCAUACACAUCAGAGGACGAAAUUAGAGUUAAUAUUAUUUUAGACGAUAAUCCCGUUGAUGUAGCGGUGAAUGCCGAUAAACCAUCUCCACCGCCUUCAGGUUCAGCGCUUCAAGAGCAUUUCGACUAUUCAACGAAGUAUAACCGAGCGGGAAAAGGAAACGUAAGCAGAAGGUCAGAUAUGGAACCGCCCGUUAAUUUAGGGGUCCACGGAAGCUCCAUGAAAGACGCUGUAGAGGCGAGCGAGAUCGAGAUUUCGUCGAACGAAUAUUGCGCGAAUACGGGCACGUCUCAAGAAUCUGGGGAUACGAGUAGAGAGACGGAUCAACAAAGAGGGAAUGAAUCGUUCUUUGUGGGUAUGAUCAAGAAAAGCUUUAGGGAGUUGUCGAAGUCUGGUCAACACGUUGACCAGGGAAAAGUCAACGUGACAGUCAACGGGCAGCCUAUACCAGAUCGGUUGGUCAAGAAAGCCGAAAAGCUUGCUGGAACCAUACAGCCCGGUGAUUACUGGUAUGAUUCAAAAGCUGGAUUUUGGGGUAUGAUGGGUGGCCCGUGUCGUGGUAUAAUUCCGCCAUUCAUUGAGGAAUUCAAUUAUCCAAUGCCGGAAAAAUGUGCGGAUGGAAACACAAAUGUUUUUGUUAAUGGAAGAGAGCUUCAUCAAAGAGAUUUGGAUUUGCUUGUGAGUCGGGGACUCCCAACGGAUGCAGAUAGAUCUUAUAUAAUUGACAUAUCUGGAAAAGUGUUUGAUGAGGAAUCGGGUCUAGAGCUUGAAGGCCUCGGUAAACUUGCCCCAACAGUGGAGCGGAAGAAGCAUGGAUUUGGGAUGAAGCCUCCGAGAACAACUGCUGUAUGACGGGUUCAUGGAAACUUUGCGCUUGAGUGUUGCUUUUAGUAUAAAGAUGAAUAGGUUACAGUUUUGUGUAUGGUUGUGUAUGUUAUGUUUGUAGGAAUUUUAUUGAUGAUUUGCUAUUUUUUGAUUUUAUAUGCCCUUUGCUGAGAAUUUGAGGAA